AUGGCACCAAUCACGUCCUACAGAGCCGUUGAAUGCAGGACCAUUGAUGGCAUCAGGCUUGAGGCAUGGUUCUGGCAGGUCAAAGGGUCAGCGCCAGCCAUCAUUAUGACCCAUGGCCUCAACUGUAUCAAAGAGAUGAGCCUCCAGCAGACGGCUGAAGCAUUUCAAGCAGCCGGCUACAAUGUCCUAUUAUACGACUCGAGGAGCGUUGGUGGCAGCGGGGGUCUUCCGAGGAAUCAAAUUGAUCCAUGGCAGAUCACUCAGGAUCUAUCAGCUUUGUUGAGACAUCCCAGUGUCGACCCCAAGCGCAUCCUGCUCUGGGGAAUAUCCUUAGGAGCCAGUAUAAGCGGAUGUGCAGCAGCCAUCGAUAGACGAGUCGUAGCUGUGCUCAUGGUCUGCCCCAUCUUCGCCUUCAUCAGACCUGAUAAACGAGCUACGGCCUUUGCCCAGCUCAUACGGGACCGAAAGUCCCAGCUGAGAGGUAAUGAGCCGUUCACGCUACCACCGUUCAACGACAAAGGAGAGAAUCCAGCUGGUUAUGCCGGCUCGGGUGGUCCCGGAGGACUCGAAGCGCACUUGCUCAUGAGAACCGCUACGGAGCGUGGCCACCCCAACUUUCGGGACCGAAUCACCCUCCAAACAUUCCACAAGCUGGCAUUGUUUCGUCCGGGGGAUCUUCUUGACGAGAUGCUGGAGCUACCAACCAUGAUGAUCAUACCGGAGCGAGAUGCUCUGUCUCUUCCCAAGGACCAGCUUGCGGCUUUUGAGAAGAUAAAGGCACCCAAGAGACUUCACUGGGCAAAAGAUGCAGGACACAUGGAUGUUCUCACUGGAGAGGGAUCGGCUGACGUAUUGGCAGUCAUGUUACAGUUCUUUCGUUCAGCGCUUCAAGGAGAUAUUCGGUAG